AUGAAGCUCAUUAUCCGUGACGAUGCAGAGAGCGCUUCCGAGUAUGUAGCGCGGUAUAUAAUCAAACGUAUCAAUGACUUUGCACCUACACCCGAGCGUCUCUUUAUCUUAGGUCUUCCCACCGGCAGUAGUCCAGAAAAGAUCUACAAAUACCUCGUCGAAGCAUACAAGAAUGACGACAUCUCGUUCGCAAACGUGGUCACCUUCAACAUGGACGAGUACGUUGAUCUGGCAGAAGACCACCCAGAAUCCUACCACAGUUUCAUGUACAAGCACUUCUUCGCACAUGUCAACGUGAAACCUGAAAAUGUACAUCUACUCAACGGAAACGCACCCGACCUACUGGUUGAGUGCGCCGAGUACGAGCGCAAGAUCAGAGAAGCAGGCGGUAUCGAGCUCUUCCUCGGCGGAAUAGGUCCAGACGGCCACAUAGCCUUCAAUGAGCCUGGAUCCUCCCUGCGAUCACGAACGCGAGUCGCUACCCUAGCAGAAGACACGAUCCGCGCAAACUCUCGCUUCUUCGACAACGAUAUCUCGCAGGUGCCGAGACAAGCGCUCAGUGUAGGCGUGGGCACGGUCAUGGACGCACGCGAGGUCGUCCUAAUCGUUACGGGACAUAACAAAGCUGUGGCACUGCAAAAGGUGGUCGAGGGUUCCGUGUCUCAGAUGUGGACCGCGAGUUGUCUGCAGAUGCACGAAAAUGCCGUAAUUGCAUGUGACGACGCGGCUACGGAUGAGAUGCUGGUCAAGAAUGUGAGAUACUUCAAGAGCAUUGAGAGAGUCGAGGUGGAGCAGAUUGAAAGGAAAGGAAGAGCUACUGUUGCUGCGAUAAGUGAAGAUUCGCGAUCGAAUCAGUGGCGUGGUGCGUUGAAGAAGCUGCAGGUUGAUACCAACGGCGCGAACAAGAAGACACAUAAAGCUGAAAAUGGUGAGUUGACGCCAGAUAGUAUGCAUGGCAGGCUUGUGGACUCGGCCAUUGCUAUGGACGAUAUCGAGAAGAUGGAAGAUGGAAUGAAGCUCACGAACAUGGGUUCUAGAGUCAACACCAUUGAGAUGUAA